GCCAGGGUGCAGAGAGGCGAGGCCCUGCAGCUCGAUCACUUCUUCCUAUCUGGACCUGACCGACUGCAUCUGCAAAAAUGAUGAGCGGGUUGAUCAUCAAGAACAUGUCCUUCAAGGUCGGACAGACCCUGACCAUCACUGGAGUGACCAAACCUGAUGCUACCAAUUUUGCAGUGAACAUCGGCCCCGACGAGCAGAACAUCACGAUGCACAUCAACCCCCGCUUCAACGCCCACGGAGACGAGAACACGAUCGUCUGCAACUCCUACCAAGGAGGCAACUGGUGCGAGGAGCAGCGUGGGGAAGGCUUUCCCUUCCAGCUGGGAGAAGAGUUCCAGAUGACCAUUCAUUUCACCCCUGCUGAGUUCGUGGUGACUCUGUCUGACGGCUCUACGAUCAACUUCCCCAACCGCAUGGGUGCAGAGAAAUACUCGUUCAUCAACUUCGACGGGGAGGUCCGCGUCAAAAGCUUCGAGAUCAAGUAAACCGUCGACCCUCCACGACUCCUCGGAUCGAUUCGAUUAUAUUUCCUCUGUUCCUUUUUCAGUUUGUUUAGCAACAGGUAACACAUUGCCAAAGGUUUUUGAACACAUGCGAAGCCAACCUUUAAUGUUUGUCACGCAAUAUUAGAAUGUUGAGCUCACGUGCAGCCGUAGACAGAAACAUGUAGACGAUAGAAACUUGCGUAAUCCUCAGAUCUGCAGACAGUAGGUAAAGCAACUGAACGCCCUUCCUGCACACUUGACAGAGCUGCUGGCUGACAAGCAAACAUGAAGUAGUUUCGAGCCCAAGCGGGACUCGCUUUGCAAGUUUGCAGUGUUUAGCUGAAAAGAACCACAUGAACUGUGAUGUGAUUUUCUUCAAGGUGCCUCAAAGUGCUGGAUAACUGUUGUUCUCUCUCCCAGACAUUCCAGAUUUGUAACUGAGCAUAACGCUUCCACAUCUAUUAAAGCAUGUUCUUUUAUGAAAAAUA